CGCCCGAUAGGCCCCGCUGGUGCCCGCCCCCGGCGCGGCGGUUCCGGCAGUGCGGUGUUCCACCCGUGGCUGCCGCGCCGUGCCCCGGUCGCGGAUGGGUACGCGAGAUCCCGGUGAGCCGGGGCGGCACGGGCGCUCCCGGUGAGCUGCCGGCGGAGGCGGCCGGGGCAAGGGAGCCCCGCCGCGGGCACGGAUGAGCUCCCUCGGGCGGCCGGGAGCCGCGGGCUGGGGCGGAUCAAUGGCAAACAGGUGAGCCCUCUGCUGACGGGAGGAACACUCUGCUCCCAGGUCAGGGAAACAUGUCCCGUCGGAAACAGACCACUCCUAACAAAGUUCACUCCCGCUGUGUGUCUGGAGGGCCCAGAAAUGCCGUGCAGUGCCCUGACGAGGAUAAUCGGAGAGAGCAUCGGCUCCAAGAACGGGGUGAGCCAGCAGAAUGAGGAGUCAGGCUGAGACAUAGCAGACACGUUACUGGGACUUCUUCACAGGGACUGCAGUGGUUGGGAGGAGAGGAAUGAAAGGGACAGCAGGUAUGCAGCUUUUUACACAGUUGUCUGCACCUGGGAUCUGAUUCGGCAGGCUCUGGGGCUGGGGAAGUGCUUUUUGGAUUUGCAUAAAUACAACUGUGAAUAUCUGACUGGACAAAUUUAAUGAGAGGAUGGUGCCUACUUCUUCCUUGCAUGGCUACUCCAUGUUCCCUUCUUGGACUCACCAGGGCAAGCGACAGCUGCAGAUCUCCUCUCCCUGGCUUGCUUGGUGCUUCCUCUUUCCAGGGUCACUUUCCAGGCUUGGCAUGGCUCUCAUUUCACCUUGCUCUCACAAAAUGGUUUGCUGUCCUCACUUAGCACAAGAUCGUUUUGUUUGGCAUGCAGAGCGAACAGCUAGGAGAUUGUUUUACAAGUCAAAAGAGUUUUAAGUGGAGGUUGAUGUGUAAGGAAAUUCAAAAUAAUACUGAAGCAGUGGUAAAACAAUGAUAAAAAUUACUAUUAUCACAAAAGUCUCAUUGUGCAUGGUGACCAGUCCUAUAGUUUUAAUUGUAGUCAUUUUCCCUGCAGCACAUAAUUGGCUCUUGAUAAUUUAAUUUUGUUUUGCCAUGUAGUGCAUGAAAAACACACUUGACAAAGUGCUAAUAAAGAGAACGGUAACAGUGGAAUAUAUUUACUGAAAAAUAGAAUACAGUUAGGUUGUUUCUGUGGAGAUACCUUAAUUGAUUCAAUUUGGUCUUUAUUGUCUCGCAGAGUCUGAAGUAGAAAAGUAUAAAAAGCCUCUAAGCAAUUCAUCUGCUCUUGCACUCAAGCCCGUCCGUUGCUGCGCUGUCACCCCAUCAGUCGUGGACCACUUGCUGUCUUUGUGCUUGCCAAAAUUCACUGCUGGUGUUAGCGUGCACUUCUCUCUCCCUGCUGUCCACGAGCUGCUUUGCUUUCUGUUGCUUGUGCCCUCUGCAACUGAUGCUUAUUUUAGAACUCUGGAGAACAGCUUCUGUUAGUCAGAUUAAUUCCUGCUUCUGAGCUCUAUUUAUCGUGGUCCUAAUAUCCCAUUAAUCCUCUAUUUGCUUCCCUCUCUCUGACACACACACGUUCUGUGCUCUUUGGUCUUCCUUGGAUUCUGCUGUCUAUAAUAUUCCCAGUUUGAAGAGAACAUAUCUUGCAAGAUACACCCAGCAUUCUCAACCAAGCAGAAAUGUUACUUGCAUCAAAACCCUUGGCUCUGAAGGGCUCCGUGGGCUGCCAUUGUUAACCCUUUCAAUUGUGUUGUUUUUCAUUUCAGUAACCACUACAGCAGUGUGGACAACCCAGAAUAGCCAUGGGGCAGGUGGAAUAGAUCCACAGUGGUGGAAAGACUUGCAAAUUUCAGGUCCAGGAACACAGAGAAGACCUACAUGAACAGGGACUUAAAAUUGAUGUAUAAGGGGGGAAUAAAGUGACUCAUCUCUGAGAGACCCUUCUGUUUAGGAAGGAAGGCAGGGGAAUGAUGCAGUUCCUUUGGAUUUUGUUUUGUGGAUUUUGGGAUGGGAGUUGUUUGUUUGUGUGUUUAUUUUCCAGAACACCUGAGAGUUGUCCUGCACUCAUGCAGUUGGAGAAGGGAAGGGCUCAGGGCUGAUAACCCAGCAGACCCUAACAGUCAUGCCUGUCCCUGUUGCACAGUACCACAGGGCUGUCCCCUACCUCCACCGCUGCUCACCUGGUAUCCCACUCAUUCAAAGGAGUAUGGAGAGGAGAAUGGAAUACAAAGCAGAGGCAUUUGUGUGAUCUCUCGUCUCUAGCUGCUUGUAAGCAACUUCAGUGACUUGUUUUGGUGUUGUGGUCAGCCUGCAGCCCUUUUUGUAUUUAAUAAAGAAACUUCUGGAGAAGAGUCUGUGAAUUCACUAUUAAGCAUAACAUCCGUUAUUUAUGGCAGUGAUCCUAAAGCUGUUGCCUAUCUUACUCCCCUUCCAAAUGAAUGGAAGUGAAUCCAAAGUGGGGUGGAGGGAGGGGCGUAAGUGGCUGUAUGGGAGCAUGUGUGUGCAGAAACAACAAAAGUACAAUCCUGUACCUAUCAAACAUUAAAGCUCUAAGGCUUCAUCAAAGUAGGACUUAGUUCAUCAAUAGGUGAGCGGGACACUCUUUGCUAAAUUCUUUUGGACACUGUUAUUAUUAACACAUAAGAAAUUCUGUACAAGCUGAAGACAGCAUUUUUACAUGUAUGCGUUUCCCAAUCCCGUGAUGUUUUCGGAUUCAGUCUGUGGAGGAUGCACAGGGCAUCCCUGCUAACAGCACGGGUUUGGUUAACAGCUUGUGUUGCUGGCUGUAAGCUGGCUGUUCUCUGCACUGUGCUGAGUCAAUGCUCACUGGGCUCUGGGAGUGCUGUGCAGAGGCCCCAGGUACACACGAUUGCUCUUGGUUACAGUGACUUUUACCAAUGUUUCUGAUGGGAGGAGUUCCCCCUGUCACCUGGAUAGAGAUCCUAGCUCUUAAAUCCUGCAGACGAUCUGCAGGGCUUGUAUAACUGAGCAGCAACCUGCCUGCCUUUGGACUCCAGCCUGCUGCUCAGUGGGAAUGUAAUCUGUCUGGAAGGGAAGAGAGGGAAGCAAACAAACACAUAACUGCUUUUACAACCAGCUGCAGUGGCAUUUGGGAAUCCUCUUUUGGAACUUUGUCACAGGGGAGCAAGUCUUUGCAGGGCUGGAGGAGCAAGCCCGCCAAGCCAUGAUGAAAAACAACUUUCCUGGAGCUCUUGGGGACCAAAGGCCAGGCAUCCGUCCGCUGCAAGACCCCGACUCCAGCAGCAGUGGCAGUGAUGAUGAGGAAACCACCCAGGAUGAAGUUUCUUCCCAUACAUCAGAGGAGGAUGGCUCAACGGUGAAAGUGAAGAAGGAAUUAGAGAAUGCAGAACGACCCAUGGCCGGAACCCCCCUGAUGAGAGAAAACGAGGUGCCUGAGAAUUUGAACACUGACCCCAUGCUGGGACUGUCACAGUGUCCCCUCUGCCAGCUGGAGUGUGGAAGCAGAGAGCAGCUUAUUGCUCAUGUGUACCAGCACACUGCAGCAGUGGUGAGUGCCAAGAGCUACCUGUGUCCUGUGUGUGGCAGAGCCCUCAGCUCACCGGGGUCCCUUGGGAGGCACCUCCUGAUCCACUCGGAGGACCAGCUGUCCAACUGUGCAGUGUGUGGAGCACGCUUCACCAGCCACGCCACCUUCAACAGUGAGAAGCUGCCGGAGGUGCUCAGUGCAGAUCGGCUGCCGGCGCCGCAGAGCCAGGGCCCGUCCGGCGCCGAGGGGAAGGACGUUGCCUUUCGCACCCCCGUGUACCCCGCGGGCGUCCUGCUGGUGUGCAACAACUGUGCCGCGUACCGCAAGCUGCUGGAGGCGCAGAGCCCCGGCAUGCGCAAGUGGGCCCUGCGGCGGCAGAACGAGCCCCUGGAGGUGCGGCUGCAGCGCCUGGAGCGGGAGCGCACGGCCAAGAAGAGCCGGCGGGACAAUGAGACGCCCGAGGAGCGGGAAGUGAGACGCAUGCGGGACCGGGAAGCCAAGCGGCUGCAGCGCAUGCAGGAGACGGACGAGCAGCGGGCGCGGCGGCUGCAGCGGGACCGGGAGGCCAUGCGCCUGAAACGCGCCAACGAGACCCCCGAGAAGCGACAGGCCCGGCUCAUCCGGGAGCGCGAGGCCAAGAGGCUCAAGCGGCGCCUGGAAAAAAUGGACAUGAUGCUCCGGGCACAGUUUGGCCAGGACCCCUCUGCCAUGGCUGCUUUGGCAGCUGAGAUGAACUUUUUCCAGCUGCCAGUGGGCAAUGUGGAGCUGGAGAGCCAGCUGCUGGGCAAAAUGACCUUUGAGGAGCAGAGCAACAAUGCGCUGCAGUAAACCACAGCCACGAAUGGUGCUGCCUCUGCCGUGCCUGCCCCAGGUGCACUAGCAGGCUUCUGCACAGGCUGCUGGGGGUCUCUCUCUGACCUUCCCUGACAGGUGGUUCUGGUUCUCCUCUGAACCCAGGAGGAGAACAGAGCUGAGAGAUGUCUGCCACCUGGUGGGAGCAGCUCUGGUGGGAGCAGAUUCUGAGUAUACAGUCUGCUCUGGGGGCCAAGUCACAGCCUGUGACAGAAGGAAAAUAAAUUAAUGUUCACGUUUA